AUUUUGUUUCUAUAAUUAAUUAGAUUGUCGCAUUUUAGAAAUAUUUCAAUUCAAAAUUCCCUAUGUCCCGGUUCUACAUAGGGUUUUAAUAUUUUAUAAUGUCAAGCUUAACCGAUAGUGAUAGCCAUUCUGAGAAUGAGUUGAAAGAAGAAAUAGAAACAGAAUGGCAGGAUAUUUUAGGAAAUGAGGACAUUAAAAGAAAGAUUAUCAAGCAAGCUCCCUCAAUAUACAUUGAUAAAAAACCUAAGAAUGGAGAGAGGGUCAUUAUAAACUAUAUUGAAAAAAUUUUUGAAAAUGAGGAAAUUAUAUCCAAUAAAGAAAAUUAUGAGUUUAUUGUUGGAGAUGGUGAUGCCUUACCCAUAUUUGACAUGGCAAUUAAACUUAUGUGUCAAGAAGAAACAUCACAUUUUAUUGUCAAAUCCAGAUUUGCAUAUGGUAAGAGGGGCAGAUCCCCAGACAUACCUAAAGAUUGCACUAUGACUUAUGAAAUCACAUUGAAUGAAAUAAGGGAUGCAUUAGAUUAUGAACAUAUGAACUCCACUGAUAUUAUAAAAUACAGUGUCUUGAAGAAGGAAAAAGGGAAUUAUUGGUUUAACAGGGAAGACUAUGGCUAUGCUAUUGAUUCUUAUUCAAGGGGACUGAAAAUUUUGCAGAACCUUGAAAAUUACAUCCGCUCCUUAGACUACGACGUACCUCUUAGUUCCGAAAUUGCCAACAAGGAUAAAGAUUUAGAAUCACCUGACUUCCUUACCUUGCAAAAUGAAUACGAAGAAUUAUACGUGGCACUUUUCAACAAUAUGGCGGCCGCCCAAUUCAAAAUGGGGGCAAAAGAAUCUUGUUUGAAGUCUUUAAACGAAGUUUUUCGCUAUAAGCCCGAUCACGUUAAAGCUUUAUAUAGGCAGAGCAAGGUACUAACUGAACUGGGUCAGAUCGAUAAAGCAUUACAAAUAUUACACAAAAUUUCCCAGUCUGAUCCCGAUAACAAAACCAUUCUCAAAGAUAUACAUUCCUUAGAACUCAAAAAGCGUUUGAAUUACAAACAGGAUAAAGAUAUGUACAGCAAAAUGAUGCACGAUUAUAAUACGCCUAAUAGCUAUGCACCCAGCAAGAAAAUUGGGAUGAAGGCAGAAGCCAUAAUCGAAUAUUUCAAAACUCAAGUUUUUACUUCGAAUUUAUUCUUGGUAGUGGGGUUCGCUCUUCUGUCGAUAAUAUUGGCAAUCAUCGGAAUAAGAUACGUAGACUAUACUAUGCCUCAAGAUGGAAUGAACAUAUAAUACAUUUCUUAUAUAAAUAAUUAUAUUUAUUUUAUUUUUUUAUUUACACUUAAAUUUUUUUAUAAAAAUUAAUUAUUUUCAUACUUUUUGGUAAUAAAAGUACCUUAUUAUUUUA